ACCGUUUGCUGGCAACUAAACUGGCUGGCGAGUCAAAUCCCUAAGCGUGAGGAUCAAUUUGGGUCUCUUGCUGCGUACUGCGUUUCGUCUUCACUUUGCCUUCAGUCGUUAUUUAUCCGCAUUGAGCAACUUGAUAUUUGUCAAACUUUCGGUCGAUCAAAAAUUGAUAACGGAGUGACAGUUUUAAACAGUUACAUUUCGCAAACGAAAUUCUGUGCUGACGUGUAUGUGUAGGUCUUUCGUCUAAAACGGAGGUAGGCCGAGAAGGACAUAACUUCGUCUAGUUAGCCCCUAAAUAGUCCCAGAUUCCGCUGUUUGAAUGGAGCGCCUAUUGCGUCAUAACGAAGAGGAUCUUCUCUUCAAAGGGAAGAACAUCCAUUGCAGAAAUGAGCAGCUUUUCAAAGGGUUGGGCGAUUCUUUGGUGUACAGCGGAUAUUUCAAAAAGGCGGAGGAUUCAAAAGCAGAAAUUGCAGUGAGGAAGAUUAAGGUAACAGAUUGUUGCGAUCAAUGGAAAGAUAUCUUCUUCAAACAUACUCGAGAGAAGGAUCCCAUCAAACACGAAAAUGUCCUCAAAAUUAUUAGCUACGAAGAAAUGGAUGAAUGGAGAUAUUUUGCUCUGGAACGUUACGACAAUACAUUGGAGCAAUUUUGCAGAAGGUAUUAUAGAGAAUCGGUGCUAUCUGACGCCCAAGUUCUUUGCCAAAUCGUCAAAGGACUUUUGUAUCUUCACAAAGUUCACUGUUCACAUGGAAAUUUGACACCCGGAACAAUUCUGAUCGCUUCCUCACAGCCGGUGCGGAUGCGGAUCAAAUUAUCCGAGUUUGGGUUGAGCAAAUUCGGCGACCAAUGCGAAGGGAAACUCGGGGAAGAACAAGAACUUUGCAAAAAGAAAUAUUGGAUAUUAGAUGGAACAACCACCGAAAGUAACCAGCAGACCACUACACCUAAUCAAGAUAUAUUCGCAGCAGGUUGCAUCUGUUUUUAUUUCCUCAAACGGGGUGUGCAUCCUUUCGGUGACGACUCUUCGUCAAUCUUGGAAAACAUUAAAAAGCGAAAUCCUGUCAACUUAUUAAAAAGUACACAACAAGAAAAAGGCAUUUGGAAAUUUGCCUACGAGCCCAUAAAAAACAUGAUUGAAGAUCCACCGACCGACGGCACUAAUUGGUUGAUGAUAGCUAAAGAUCAUUUUAAGAAGGCCCUUCCUCUGAGAUUUGAAGAAAAAAAGGAGAACGAACUCGGCAGGGGGGCGUUUGGGGUCGUGUACAGAGGAACGUUUGAAGGAAAUGCAGUUGCUGUUAAAGUUACAGUUAAGGUGCAUUUAGAUGAUGCAAGAAAACAAGAACAGAAACGCGAAAUGGAGGAACACUUCCGGUUGCACCACGAAAAUGUCCUAAAACUUUUGCACAUCGAUGACUCACGGGAUAAAACAUGCCUUGUGCUUCAGUUAUGUGCCGGGACACUCACCCAAUGUAUUGCUAAGGAAUACAAGGGACCGGAAUUGCCGCCAGAUGGCCUAGUUUUAUAUCAAAUCGCCAAUGGCUUGCACUACAUCCACUCCCGAAAUUUAGUUCAUCGCGACGUCAAAUCGGACAACAUUCUCGUUUCAAUGACGACACCCGUCCAAAUGAAAUUGUCCGAUUUCGGAUAUGUCAAGAAAAUAAGUCCUCAGGGGACAUUUACUCAGAGUGGAUUGAAAGGAACUGAAAAGUGGAUGGCGCCUGAAAUUUUGGAGCUUGUGGAAAACAUGGACGACAAUAUCAUUGAACUUCCGCACGGAACAAUCCAAAGCGACACAUUCGCUGCCGGCUGCGUCUUUUUCUUCUUCCUGACCCGCGGUAAACAUCCGUUUGGCAAAUCUUAUCAAAUUAUGAUGAACAUCUUAAAUAACAAUCCAAUAGAGCUGAAUCAACACAAACAAAAUUUGCAAGGCGAUGAUCGGGCCCUAUACGAACUGAUUGGAAAAAUGAUAGAGCCGAAAGAGCAAAGAAUCUCAUUGCCCGAGGUCAUUAAACAAUUGACGACAAAUUUAACUGCUCUAAGUCAGUUCAGAAGAGUAGCACGAUUAGUGCGUGAGAGAGGCGGAAAGUGCGUCUCCCGUUUCCACCCGACGAAACCAGUUCUCGCCUGCGGCACGGCCUUCGGCAUUGAAGAUGAAAUUAUUUUCUUUUCUGCCGAGAAUUGGUCCAUUCCUUUUUCUAAUUGGAAAGAGGACGAAAACAAGUUUCAAAUUGGACAUGAAAAAGAAAUUAGGACGCUGGAAUGGAAUGCGGACGGAACUCAAUUGGCUACCAUCUUCAAUAAAAAUGUCGUGUGCUGGAGUUAUCCAAGUGGCGAAAUUCUCUUUCAAAAUAAAUUAGACAAAACGAUGGAUCUAAUCAAGUGGAAUCCCUUCAGGCCAAACUUGUUCGCUACUUGCAAGCAACAAACAGCGGACGAUCUUGGAAAAGUUGUUUUCUUCUUCAAUUCGUGCACUCUCGACCAACGGUCAUUUCAUUUCUGCACAAUCGAACGUGGGAAAGAUAUCACAAGUUUCCAGUGGAUCUCUGAGAAUCGAGUCGCUCUCGGCUUACGAUACGGGGGAAUUGAAAUUUGGGAAAUUGACGAAUCGACAAAAUCCGCCAAAAUUGUCAAACGGCUCAAACAUAAAAACGUGACCGGUUCGAUAACAGAUAUGGCCUGGGACGAAAGGACGAAAUGUUUGGCCGCUUGUUCAUACUACGGAUGCUGGAUAACGAUUUGGUCAAUGGACAGCGACCAACCCAUCCACGUCACAAAGGUCGAUGGUUAUGCUUGUCAAAGUUUGGCUUGGCGUCCAAACGGGAAACAAACGGACGACGAGGGAGUGGACGCGGCCAGGAAAUCGGCCGACAAUUUCAUUUUGGCUUGUGGAUUUGGCUGGGGGAAUAUUGUCAUUUGGACUCCACUGGCAAAGGAAGAGACAAGAAUUCUCAGUCAACAUUCAGAUAGGGUAGUGUCGCUGUCGUUUUCACCCGACGGGCGGUUUCUCGCAUCAACGGAUUUUGAUAGGAAUUUGAUCAUCUGGUCAGCUGAGAACUGGGAACCCGUUUACAUCGACGAAGGAGAUUGGGGCAAACGUUUCUCGUGGUUGUAUUCUUCGUCUACGGAUGUCCCGGACUACAAAUUUAUAUUCAACUCAAACUAUGGCAACAAGGUUGUUGUCGUAGAAUACGUCGUCGACGGCCAGUAAGAAAUUCCAAGUCAAGAUUGAAGAUCACGAGAGGAUUGCGAAAGAAAAAAGAAACCGGCGGCGAAUGGCCAAUCGGAUCCAAUUGCGACUUGAAAUAAUCAUCGUUAUUUAUUUCAUUCGUUCAGUUGUUUUAUUUCUCCAUCGGACACACGAAGAAUAAAAUUCAAUCCUGUGGCAGUGCAAACAGAUGUGGAUCCAGCAUCACAGUAGUCUAAUCAUAACUAAACAAAAUCCUGAAAGGUUUCUAUAGGAGAAUAUAAUUAUAACAAAUAAAAUUAGAUAUUUAAUAAUAAACAAAUUAUUCAAG